CUUCUUACUUCAUCAGACAUUAACAACACUUCAACUUAAUUUCUCAACUUAACUUCCAAAUAAUCUUCAAUAAAAAUAUUGGGCACCUUCGACGCCAUGUAUUCUUCCUCAUUAAUAACCACUUUUUUCAUUCCAAUAGUUGUAAAUUCAUUUUAAUACCCUAAGUACCUACCUAACUUACCCUUGGUCCUAUCCGUAGGCACUCAACUCAGAAUGGCUUCGUUGAGAGGUCUCGAUGAAAAUAUUAUUCUUGAAAUCCUAGCAAAUCUCCAUCAUGUCUCCGACCUUGUUGCAGUAUCCCUAUUAGAUCGUCGUUUCCACAAGAUUGUGACCGAGAAUCCUCAGCUCUUCCACAGCACAGACCCAUUAAUCCGCUGCUUCGGACUCAUAUAUUCCGUGGUGGCGGGUGAUCGCAAGACUACGAAACUAAUCCUCGAUUCCGGCAUUGAUCCAAAUGAUUAUCAUUGCGGUCCUACGGCUCAAGAUAAGCUCUAUCUCAGGCAGCCUGGGAGGGGCUCUUCUAUCGUUGAUGAGUCCGAUGAGCAAUUGGAUCAAAUUGAAGAGGCUGAAUUCUGCAAUGACGAAAUUCGCUGUUGCUGGGAGCAUCGCCGUUCCUGGGAUGACUGGUAUGCAACACCAAUCCACUUUGCAGCAUACUACGGACACGAUGACAUCGUAUCGCUUUUAGUGGAUUAUGGGGCGAAUCUCAGUCUUCUCUCUGUGGGCAUCUGCUGCUGCUGGUUCUCCCCGCAGCUUUACAGCGAUAUUACCAAUGGUGACACGGAACUCGCACCGCAUCCCGCCGCCGUUCGGCCUGCGAGCGCAUUGCAUCUCGCCCUCUGUGGAAGGCAUAUAUCCACGGCAAGGCGAAUUAUUAAGUCUGGCGCGCCAUUGCAUUUAGGCUAGGUGCCUCGUUAUCCAAAAAAGGUCGAUUUUUCCACUACAUUCUAUCGCCCCGACCUCUUCGAGGGAUACGAGCGUGAAUUCAUCAAAACAUAUCAAAUUACUCAAGGAAUUCCCGAGUCAUUUUCUGAUCCCCGAUACUCCCAUCGACUGCAUUGUUGCGAAUGGUUAAUUCACAAGGAAUAUGGAAUACAAGAUGCAAGUAAAAAGUAUACGGGCUCACAUUCAUGCCCCGCCGAUGUGAGUCUCCUCU